AUGGAUCAGGAGCAAGAGCUAUAUGAUGCUGCUACCUCAGGGAACACUGAUUUGUUCAUAGAAAUAUUGGGGAGGUACCGGAAUCAUCGUAUUCUCGAAGUGUGCAAGUUCGGGUAUUUUGGUUGUAGCAUUCUCCAUGUGGCGGCUAGCAAUGGACAUAUCAAUGUUGUGAACAUAAUUCUCCAAAGAAAUCCAGAUCUUUCAAGUGCAUUAGAUUCAAGGAACUGGUCAUCCCUUCAUUUAUCGUCGGUUAAAGGUCGCAUUGAUAUAUCAAAUGUGUUACUAACACAAAAUCCAUAUGUGGCUCGGGUCAAGACUUCCGAAGGCGAUACCAUUUUACACCUUUGUCUAAAGCAUCAACAAUUAGAAUCUCUGCGAGUAUUAAUGAACCGUAUCAAAGAAAUUGAAUUUGCAAAUCUAACCGAUGCCGAAGGCAACAACAUUAUGCAUCUAGCUGUUAUACUUAAGUAUCCAGAGGCUUUGACAUACAUGUUUGAAAGAAAUAGAGUAAAAGUAAAUGCCAUGAAUGCAAUUGGCAACACGCCAUUGGACAUCGCAUUACAAUUAGAAGAACGUACCGAUAUAAGAGAUAAUAUGAUAGAAAUUCUCAAGCAAAACGGAGCAAGGAGUAGCAAGAAUGUCAAUCAAGAUAAAUGGCUAAGUGAGAAGAGAAAUGUGCUCAUAGUAUUGGCAUCUCUAACAGCAACAAUGACGUUUCAAGCUGGGGUCAACCCGCCCGGUGGCACUUGGCAAGACAGCUCGGUUGAACACAAAGCAGGAGAAUCUAUUAUGGCCUAUUACUAUCCGGGCGUGUACACACACUUCCUUGCGUCCAACACUACCGCAUUGAUGGGGUCGUUGAUCACGGUUUUAUUACUACUUAUGGGUCUGCCUUCGGGAAAAGGAAUUGUAAUCAAACUUUCGGUGACAAUCAUGUGGAUUGCCAUUUUGUCAGUGAUUUUCACUUAUACCGUGUCUAUUACAAUGACGACACCAAAAAGACAUCGAACAGCUCUUUUCAAGAGUAUUACCGUUGGAGGAAUAACUUUGGGGUGUGGGAUGGGACUCUUUAAAAUGUGGCAUGUCCUUGUCAACUUAAAGGAGUUUAUAUAUAGGAAAUUGGAACGUCUUGGAAUAAUAUAG